AUGGCUGAUAAAAAGAAAAUUAAAAAGUAGGAUAAAGAAGAGAAGUAUAAAAAGCUAUUACAAGCUAUUGACAUCAAGCUUGGUGAGGAGAAGGUUGAUGAAAAAUAAAAGAAAGUAGAAGAUCUCAUUGCAUCCUAAAAAAAGAAUUAAUAAGAAUAGUAGAAGCCCGAAGAGGUUUUAACAAUCUCAGGUCUUCUUUCUAAAAUAUAAGGAAAUGAUGAACAAGAGAAUGCAUAAAAUUUAAAAAAAUAAUUAGAGGAUCUUGAAAAAAGAAGUAAACUUCUUCAUGAGCCAGAGUCUUUCGUCAAAUAGGAGAGAGCUGAAAGAAAAAUUAAUUAUAAAAUUGUUUAAGAUGAUGUAGCUAAAUGGAUUCCUAUUAUUAAAAGGGCUAGAGAGGCUGAUCAUUUAGAUUUUACACAAAAGACUUAAGAUAAUUUGAGAAUAAAUGCAAUUUCUGGAGAUGAAUUAAAAAGAAAUAAAAUUGCCAUGAGCAUUGAAUAAAAAUUAUAACAAUUAAAUCUUAAGACUGAAAAGUAGAUUAAAGCUAAGGAGAUAGAAUUAUUAGAAAAAUUAGAUCCUUAGGAAGCUAAAAGAAGAAUUAAUGAAAUGAAUAAACAAAAAAUGUUACUCUUCUAACAAGAAAUUAAAAACAAAAGAGUAGCUAAAAUUAAGAGUAAGCUCUACCAUAGAAUUAAAAAGAAACAAAAACUCAGAGCUCAAUUAAAAGAAUAUGAAAACAUGGAUGAAGAAGCAAGAUUGUAAUAGUAAUAGGAAUUAUUAGAAGAAAGAGCCAAAGAAAGAAUUGGUAUGAGACAUAAAACUAAAUCUAAACACAUUUAAUAAAUGUUGAAGUAUGGUGAUAAGAAAACCUACUAAUAGUCAUUAAAUGAUAUUAAUCAUUAGAGAUAAGCUUUACUUAAAAAAACAUAAGACAUAGAAGUUAAUUCAGAUGAUUUAGAUUAUGACUAACUCAAUGAUGAAGAAUUUAAAGAACAAGCUAUAAAAGACUUAUAAAAUGAGCUUAAAGGAGGGGAUGAUGAUGAAUAGCAAGAAGAGCUAACUGGUAUUAAAUUCAUUGAUGAUCUUCAUAAUUAAAAAAAGAAUCAACAUAGAGAUGAAGCUCGUAAAAUCAUUGCUUAAUUGUAAGAUCCUGAUGCUUUUGAUAAAGAGAUUUUGUCAGAAGAUGAUUUAAUUGAAAGCGAUGAUGAAGAAGGAUAAAAGAAAAAAGCAGAUAAGUUGAAUGCAAAGAGAAAAGCUGAUUAGGAAAUUUUAGAAAAGGAAGAAGAAUUCACAGGAAGAAAAAUUUACAAAAAAUCUGAACCUGAAGAGAAGUAAACAGAAUUAGAAAUCGAGAUGGAGGAAAUGAAAUAAGCUAAAAAAAAGAAAAGAUUGAAUGCUCUCGACAUUGUAAAGGAUCAUAUUAAAUCUUAAAAGGAAUAAGAAGAAAACGAAUAGGAAAUUGAAAAUGAAUAAUCUAAGAGUAUUUCAUAAAACGGAACAAAUAAUAAGAAAUAAGAAAUAUCUCAAUAAUCUACUAUAUAAGAAAAACUCAAAGAAGCAUCAAAAAAAGUAGCAGCAACAACAAUUAAUGAAGAAAAUUUGACUGAUGGUUUGAACGUUAAUAAAUUGAAAGAAAAAUUCAAAAAAAAUGCAUAAACAGAGUUCAGUAAAAAGGAACUUGAAGCAUUCAACAUAGAAAACAAAGAAGAAAUCUACAAGGAUUUAUCUAAUUUUAAUGUUUUAGUAGAUGAUGAUAAUGAGUAAUAGUUUUUGGCAGAAAAGUAUGAAGAUUACGAAAAAGACUUACCAUAAGAGAAAAAGCCUUUAUAAGGUUGGGGACAUUGGGUUGGAUAAGGUAUUGAAUAAAAGAAUUUACCUACUGCAGAAGAAUUAGCAAGACAAAAGGCUGCUAAAAUAAAUUUACUCAAAAAGUAGAGAGCCGAUGGCAGCAUGGAUAAUGUUAUAUUGAACGAAAAGAGAAAUAAAUUAUUUACUUAGCAUUUAGUCAAAGAACUUCCUCACCCAUACAAAAACAAAGAACAAUUCGAAUACUUACACAAUGCACCAAUAGGUUCAGAAUGGACAACUAUGCGUAGUCAUGUCAACUUAAUCAAACCCAAAAUAAAAACAAAGGCAGGAAACAUUAUUCAACCAGCUACCGCUCCUAAAUCCUUCUAAUAAUCUUGA